AUGUUGAUCCCUAGUCUUGUUGUGUUUUCUCUUCUCUUUGUGUCAUCGUUUGCAUCAGUUCAGGACUUCUGUGUAGCCGAUUUGAAACAAUCCGAUACCCCUUCCGGCUUCCCAUGCAAAGACCCCAAGAAAGUAACAGAAGCUGAUUUUGUUUACUCCGGGAUUGGUAAAGCCGGAAACACCACCAACCUCAUCAAAGCUGCUGUCACUCCGGCAUUCACUGCUCAGUUUCCGGGUGUCAAUGGGCUCGGAAUAUCCAUUGCCAGGCUGGACCUAGCCGUGGGUGGGGUUAUCCCGAUGCACACUCACCCUGGAGCCUCGGAGCUUUUGGUUGUCAUCGAAGGGACCAUUUGUGCUGGGUUUAUUUCUUCUGCUAAUACUGUUUACUUUAAGACGUUGAACAAAGGAGAUAUUAUGGUGUUCCCACAAGGUCUGCUUCACUUUCAGCUAAAUUCCGGUAAGAGUAGCGCUCAGGCGUUUGUUAGCUUCGGUAGUGCGGUGCCUGGACUUCAGAUUACUGAUUUUGCUCUGUUUGCUAAUGAAUUGCCAACCGAGUUGGUGGCGGCGACUACUUUCCUUGAUGUAGCACAGAUUAAGAAACUCAAGGGUGUUCUUGGUGGGUCUAAUUAA